AUGUUUAAGUGUAUAGUCAUUUUUCUUACGCUUGCAAUUGGCAUAACUUAUGGAAGAUUGGAAGUAGCCAAUGAAUGGUCAGGUGGGUUUCAAGGAGCUCUAGUAAUUCCAGUGACAAGUGAAAUUACUAGUGGUUGGAAACUCAUACUUCAAUUUAAUCAUGCAGCAUGGUUAGGUGAUCUUGAAUCACAAAUCAAUAAUCAAAUAUUUACUUAUAAGAAUAAAGAUUGGAAUGCACAGUUGUCAAGAGGCUCUGAAUUUCGUUUUGAAUUUGUUGCUAGUGGUGGUGUUACACCACGAGAUCUUGUCGGUGUCUUAUUCAAUGGUCAACCAAUUAAUAUGGGUUCUGGUAGCGUUGUCGUUCCUGAAGUAACUACAAAUCCAACAGGAAGUACAUCAACGUUUAGUCCAACGUUUAAUCCAACAGGAAGUACACCAACGUUUGAAACAGAAGCACCAAUAUCAAGUACAACCGCAGCACCAUUACCAAGUAUGACGCCAACACAAGUAGCAAAUUCAACGGGAGCAACAAUUGUACCAGUAGCAAAUAGCAAAUACAAUUAUGCAAGUGUUCUUCAUGCUUCACUUCUCUUUUACGAGGCUCAACGAGCUGGUAAACUUCCCGCUGAUAAUCGUGUUAGUUGGCGAGGUGAUUCAAUGUUAAUGGAUAAAGGUGACAAGGGAGAAGAUUUAACAGGUGGAUAUUUUGACGCUGGUGACUACGUUAAAUUUGGUUUUCCAAUGGCUGGAUUUACAACAGUAUUAGCAUGGGGUGCUAUUGAUUAUGAAGAUGCAUAUAUUGCAUCAGGUGAAAUUAAUCAAAUUCGUCAAGCAAUUCGUUGGUCAACUGAUUAUUUUAUUAAGGCACACGUAAGCGAACGUGAAUUUUAUGGACAAGUCGGUGAUGGACAUGCAGAUCAUGCAUCUUGGUCACGACCAGAAGAUUGGACACAAUCUCGACCAGCCUGGAAAGUAACUGCAGGAAAUCCUGGCUCUGAAUUAGUCGGCGAAACAGCUGCUGCACUUGCUGCUGCUUCAAUUGUUUUUCGUAAAGCUGAUCCAGCAUAUGCAUCAUUAUUAUUAAAACAUGCUCGACAAUUAUAUGAUUUUGCUAAUGAAAAUCGUGGUUCAUAUUCAAAUUCUAUAUCAAAUGCAGCUGAUUUCUAUAAAUCAUGGUCAGGUUAUGGUGAUGAAUUAGGAUGGUCUGCUGCUUGGUUAUUACGUGCUACUGGUGAACAUCGUUAUCAAUUAGAAGUUGAAAAACAUUAUAUGGAAUUUGGUUUAAAUAGACAAGCAACUGGAUUUGAUUGGGAUAAUAAAUUAGCAGGUGUUCAAGUACUUAUGGCUAAAAUUACACAACAAACAAAUUAUCGUCAACAAGCUGAGUCAUUUUGUAAUCAUAUCGUACGUCAAGCUCCAAAAACACCAAAAGGUCUUGUGUUUAUGGAUCAAUGGGGAGCACUUCGUCAUGCCGGUAACGUUGCUUUUAUUUGUUUACAAGCUGCUGAAAUUGGUAUUAAUACUCAAGAAUAUGUCGAUUUUGCUUCUCGACAAAUUAAUUACAUAUUAGGUGAUUCAGGACGAUCAUAUCUUAUUGGUUUUGGUGAAAAUUAUCCUCAACGACCUCAUCAUCGAUCAAGUUCAUGUCCUUCUCGACCAGCAUCAUGUGAUUGGAAUUCUUACAAUAGUCCUUCACCUAAUCCUCAAGUAUUAAUUGGUGCUUUAGUUGGUGGACCAGAUAGAAAUGACAACUAUGAAGAUAAUCGUGGUGAUUAUAUUAAAAAUGAAGUUGCAACAGAUUAUAAUGCUGGUUUUCAAUCAGCUGUUGCUGGUUUACUUCAUUAUCAACUUAAAUAA